GCCACAACCAUGUCCAUCCAUCAUGGAUUACAACUCGAUCCAUGGUCCCGGGAUAUCUAACUUCUCAUCCUCGUCUCCUCAUCGCAUGCCCACGGUCUCAGCAGCACAGGCCCUGCAAGAUCUCAAAUCGUCACACACGCGAUGUAUUUCCACGGGCCUGGACCUUCUCGACGCUUUUCUGCAGAAUAGAGAGUCAGUUUCUUCAGAUGUGGAGCCUCUGUAUGGGGGCGUAUCACGAAGAAAAGUUACGGAAGUUUAUGGACCACCUGGGAUUGGCAAGACCGCUCUUGGGAUGCAAUUAGCUGCCAGUGCUUUACAUGCGGGUGAGGGCGUCAUAUGGGUAGAUGCAUCGCAUCCAGUAUCAGGAUCACGUCUAUCACAGAUCUUGACCUCAUUCAAACCCAGCCUGCCUCAAUCAUCCACUCAAGAAGCUAGGACUCUACCAGAUCUGCUCGAGACUUUCACUCAUUUCUCAACUCCCACCCUCGCCCACCUCAUCGCUCUCCUCUCCCACCCAACUCAACACUUCCCACCACAAAACAUAAGUCUGAUCAUAAUCGACUCAUUCUCGACACUAAUCAGUAGUGCAUUCCCUCGGACAGCCGAUGCUACUGGCACUCCGAGAAAGCCCGGAGCACCCAACCCAUCAGCCCGCAAAUUCCCAAUCCUCCAAUAUCUAAUCACCACCCUCCAAAAGCUCGCCGCAACCCGCAACAUAGCCAUCGUUGUCUUCUCUCAAUGCGUAACAAAGAUGCGACCCGGCACAGGCGCAGUCCUCGUCCCAGCCAUCAACACCAUGGCAUGGGAGCAAGGGCUCGGCUGUCGGGUUGCUCUGUUCAGAGACUGGGACUGGGAUGACGAGGAAGGGCGCCUUGUAGAUGAUGUCCGAUUAGCGCAAAUUAUAAAAGCAGAGGGCAUCGCUGUGCCAGAGGGAAGAGCGAGGUUGGCUGGGUUUAGCAUUGCUGAUGACGGUCUCACACUUCUCACCUUCCCCACACUACCAACUCUCACCUCGCCCCAUGCUCCAGCACCGCUCAUACCCAGUACCACAACGACGCCCACUCUCCCUCUCCCCCUGAAACGCAAGCUCUCAGCCACCGACCUCGAGAUCCCAGACAGCGAAGGAGAAGGCGACGAGGAUUACGGGUGGGCCGAAGAAGAUGAAGAGGAUGUGCCUCCGCCCCCUCCCCAGUGGCAGGGGAGUGAGGAUCACUUGGCGCCUGGUGAGGGCGGCGAGCUCGAGGCUGAGGAAAUUGAUGUGGAGUUGAAUUUUGAGGAUGAAUUAGUGGAGGGAGGGGGGAAUGGUGAGCAGAAAGAGAGAUCUGGGAUUGGAAGGACGGAGAUCGAGGACAGCGAGGAUGAACUCGCAUUAUGAUACACGAAAAUCAACGACUUCGCACAUUCCCUUCUUUUGCUUAUUGUAAACACAUUUCCCGCCUUAGAUCUUUAAGUCUCCUGGCUUAAAUUAUAUUAUGUAUUUAUCCCUAUCUUGAUCUGUAUCUGUUUCAUUUUGAUCAACCU